AUUUAAAGGUUUGGGAUGAAGUGGGGUUUGCACUCGACUAAUCUUCCGGGUAAACCCCCUCCCCCCUCCCCAAUUGAUCCCAUUGCAAAUAUAGGCCCAGAUUUUCAUUUUGGCUCUGGAUUCACUGAUUGCUCUUUUUCAACAUUUCAGAUAGAUGAUCCUAAGCAUGACUCGGACAGCAUGAUGCCGGAAGCUGAGGUCACAGGCUCAGUGGAAAAUCUGGGGGGAAACCAGGCGCUCACUGCCGACUAUGUGGAUUCCGGCUUCAAGCGAGAACAUCUCAACCCCAGCGCUCUCCAUAAGGGGGAUCACCAGGCAGCUACUUAUACGUUGACGAAUUCUGUCCCCGUGCCUUCAACCGUCCAGGAAAGCUGGAAUUGGGAAGUCAGCAAUGUGGUCAGCCGUGGUUUGGCUCCUCACUGUGAAAACGGGAAACACCUCUAUCUCCUUUCAGGAGCGGUUCCUUCCUCCGUCAAAGUCAAAGGCAAGGUGUCUGUCCCCGAAUUCCUCUGGCUGGCGGUCUGCUGCGACGAUGGCUCCAAGGCCUGGUCAAUGGCGUUUGAGAAACCGGUGGCUGCUGGGAGCCCCCUGAAAGACCUGACCUUGAAAGAGCUAGAAAAGAAGCUUCCGAAGGGGGCCCAGUUGUUCAAGGACCACUGCAGCCACGACAGGAAUGAUGAGAAGGCACUGGAGGCGGUACAGCAGUCUGUCAAGGAGAUCGAGCACCAGGAGCCGGAAGCGAAAAAAUGCCCUUCGCCUCACCAGACCACCGAAAAGAAGGAGGAGCCUGGCUUUCUGAAAAAGAUGUUUAAUUUCUUCAUCAUGCCCAUCUGGAAGCUGGUGCAAUACAUCUUCAGCUUUUUCAGUCAGCUGGUCAAGCUGAUCUGCAGUCUCUUGUGCCAGGCCGUCCAGAACCUCGUCCAGGCCGUGUGCACUUUCCUCAAAGGAAUCGGCGGGGUGCUGGUGAGCGUCUUCGUCAACCUGGUGCAAGCCAUCCUCUGCAUCCUGAACGCUAUCGCAACUAACAUUUACAACAUCCUGAUGCUCGUGUACCGCCUGGUCAGCAUCCCGCUCAACCUGAUCGUGGAUAUCGUGUGCUUCCCUUUCUACACCUUGGGGGCGGUCCCCUGUGUCCUCCACGACAUCGCCUCGGGCGUCGGCGGGAUGUUUUUACUGAUCAUCGACCUCAUCACCAACUUUGCCAAGGGCCUCAGCUACAUCGCUUCUUCUUUACUCGGAUGCUGCUUGCCUAAAACGUCGUCCUAACUCUAAAACAGCCGCCAAAACUGAAUCGCAAAGAACAACAAUACCAAAGCAAUAUGUGUCAUUAGUCUUCGGCUGCUCCUGUAGAUAUUUAUUGUGGUAACACUGGACGGUGAUGAACCGGUGUUCUGGCAACACGGGUGAGCGACUUGACCCUGGAAAGGAAAUUUUAUGGAAAUUAAAGGUCUACUUAUUGUUAAGCACUCAGCUUUCAGUGGAUGAUAUUUUUUUGUGAGAUUCCAAUGCUUUUGAGAGUUAUCUUCCCUAAAACCUACGAAAAUGUUGAUAGAGGAUUCUCAGCAGUAACUGAGCCCCCCCCCCCCCCCCCCCAAAAAAAAAAAACAAAACAAAACUCUGGCCAUAAUUUUUGGAAUAAGGCAGUAAUCUUACUUGGAGUGUGGAAGCAAGUUUUCCAAAAUUUUUGAAGAAAUCCUUAUUGAAGAAUGAGCCAUUGGCUGGAAAAUUCCUGUACAAAUCUGUAUUUAUGGGAGGGGCUAUCUCAGUAGCUAAAAACAUAUUCAAUUAGCACAGGGGCCUGCAACCUGUGGCUCUCCAGAUGUUCAUGGACUACAAUUCCCAUCAGCCCCUGCCACCAUGGCCAAUUGGGCUGAUGGGGAUUGUAGCCCAUGAACAUCUGGAGAGCCGCAGCAGAAUCAAUCUCCAGCAUUUCUAUGUAGGCAGCAGAUACUAUUAAAACAAAAUUCAAGCCUGCUGUCACUUUAAGGACUGAUGUCCUUUAUUCUGGCAUGAGCUUCCGUGAGAGAGAGAGCUCCAAGUGAGCUCUGACUCACAAAAGCUCAUGCUGGAAUAGACGUCGUUUGUCUUCAAGGUGCCACUAGAGUGUGUUGUGGUUUGCUACAUUAGACUGACAAGACUACCUCUGUGGAACUAAACAGAUGUUAGGAAGGGCUUUCACCUGCCUGAGACCCUGGAGACCUGACAGUGCCAAACUAGAUAGAUGGAUGGAUUGAUUCAGUAUUAGGCAUCUUCCUAUGGGAAUCCUGCAUAACUUUUGGACAGGUGGUAGCUCAGCAAAUGUGUCCUGCAUGUAGAUUGUCUGAGGUACCAUCCCCAAUAUCUCUUGUUGCGUUACGAAGGUCUUUGUUGCUGCCAGUGAGUGUAGGCAGACCAACCGUUGUUGUCCGAGUGCAAUAAAACAAGCGAAUAAAUAUGCAUGGUGGUCUUA